UCCAGCUAUUAUAUACUCUCUCUCUCUCUCCUUUAUUUUUUCUCAAUUCACAUAUAAUUUUCACCUUUACACACAUUUCCAUGUAAGUAUAUAUAAACCUCACACACGCAUUAUCAUACACCAUCCUCCUCAUUCUCUUCAUCAUCAACAUAAGAGAGAGAGAAGAAAAAAAGAAUUACAAUUAAUAAGAACAAGAUCAAGAAUCAAGAAUCAAGAAAAUGGGAAGAGCACCGUGUUGUGAUAAGGCCAACGUGAAGAAAGGGCCUUGGUCUCCUGAGGAAGACGCCAAACUCAAAGAUUACAUCGAGAAUAGUGGCACAGGAGGCAACUGGAUUGCUUUGCCUCAGAAAAUUGGUUUAAGGAGAUGUGGGAAGAGUUGCAGGCUAAGGUGGCUCAACUAUUUGAGACCAAACAUCAAACAUGGUGGCUUCUCCGAGGAAGAAGACAACAUCAUUUGUAACCUCUAUGUUACUAUUGGUAGCAGGUGGUCUAUAAUUGCUGCACAAUUGCCGGGAAGAACCGACAACGAUAUCAAAAACUAUUGGAACACGAGGCUGAAGAAGAAGCUUCUGAACAAACAAAGGAAAGAGUUCCAAGAAGCGCGAAUGAAGCAAGAGAUGGUGAUGAUGAAAAGGCAACAACAAGGACAAGGACAAGGUCAAAGUAAUGGUAGUACGGAUCUUUAUCUUAACAACAUGUUUGGAUCAUCACCAUGGCCAUUACUACCACAACUUCCUCCUCCACAUCAUCAAAUACCUCUUGGAAUGAUGGAACCAACAAGCUGUAACUACUACCAAACGACACCGUCUUGUAACCUAGAACAAAAGCCAUUGAUCACACUCAAGAACAUGGUCAAGAUUGAAGAAGAACAGGAAAGGACAAACCCUGAUCAUCAUCAUCAAGAUUCUGUCACAAACCCUUUUGAUUUCUCUUUCUCUCAGCUUUUGUUAGAUCCCAAUUACUAUCUGGGAUCAGGAGGGGGAGGAGAAGGAGAUUUUGCUAUCAUGAGCAGCAGCACAAACUCACCAUUACCAAACACAAGUAGUGAUCAACAUCCAAGUCAACAGCAAGAGAUUCUUCAAUGGUUUGGGAGCAGUAACUUUCAGACAGAAGCAAUCAACGAUAUGUUCAUAAACAACAACAACAACAUAGUGAAUCUUGAGACCAUCGAGAACACAAAAGUCUAUGGAGACGCCUCAGUAGCCGGAGCCGCUGUCCGAGCAGCUUUGGGCGGAGGGACAACGAGUACAUCGGCGGAUCAAAGUACAAUAAGUUGGGAGGAUAUAACUUCUCUAGUUAAUUCCGAAGAUGCAAGUUACUUCAAUGCGCCAAAUCAUGUGUAACAUUUUGUUUAAAACUUUAUUUGUACUUAAAUACAUAAAGAGGGGUUUUCUAUUUUGUAUAAAUCUGUGUCUUUAGGGAGUGGUAGAAAAGUUUUAUGGAUUGAGAUUAGUAUUCAUGCAGAAAUUUGUUUAUUUUAGUUUCAACUUAGCUUUAUUCGAACAACUUAUAUGAUAUUUUUUCGAGUUUUUCCUUCAUUGUUCUUGCUUUUAUAAAUGUGAAGAGA